UUGGCGUUGGGUGUGGACGCGAGUGGCGGUAAGCAGGCGGCGUCUCUGGGAAACAGCUCUUCCAUCUCUCGUGACUCUGGCGCCGAUGCGGCAGUAGCUGGGUGCCAGUUCAACGAUUCCCUCAAUAGUUCAAGUGACAAUUGCCCAGCCAAUAACAACUUUCCGACGAAGUCAACGCAAACUGAUUCCGAUUCGAUUGUCUCUCGAUCCUCAUCGAUUUAUUACGCACAGGAAAGGAAAGCCAAGCAUUAAGUUUCAGUGAAAAAGUUUCCUUGGCUCCGUUGGCCUGCGCGUGCUAGCGAAGCGAAGCCAAAAAUUUCGCAAAUGUGUUUUCCAAACGUCGGGCUAAACCAAUUAACAGAAUUCGUUCUUGUGUAAUAAAUAAAUUGGCAACAAUUAUAACUUGCAAUCUCACUCAAGCAUAAUCAAAUGAAAAGUCCAACAAAAUGUUUACGGCAAUUGCAGCUCAAAGCGGGAGACCAUAGACGGUUUUCAAGGUGUUGUGGUAGUGGCACGAAAACUCAAAGGAAGCCGCAAGGCUCGACCAGAAAUAUAUAAUUGGUAUUGCAGAAAGAAGCCAAGAAGCCAAGAAGCCGCACACAUCGCACAUUCCGUCCGCUUUCAGCCGAGGCGCAUGUGAACCUAACCGGAGCCCAAAGAGAGCACGUGGGCGUGAUGCCAUCGGCGCAUCAGAUCCUGUUCGUAAAUGUCACCACAACGGUGGCGGCGGCGGCUCUAACCGCUGCGGCCGCCGUCAGUACCGCAAAAUCCGGUAGCAGCGAUGCCACACGUCCGUAUACGAAUACGAAUACGGAUGCGGAUGCGGAUGCGGCUGAGGGAGUGGAAGGGCAGACAGUGUCCAACAUAUCCGGCUCGCUGGUGGAUGGCCUGACCACAGUGGCGGCGGCACUGAGCACAACUCCGGCGGAAGCGGACUCCGGCGGCGAGUGCGGCGGAGAGGUGGAGGAACUGCACACCAGCGUGUUGGGCCUGCAGCUGGCGGUGCCGGAGUGGGAGGCCCUGCUGACCGCCCUGGUGCUGUCGGUCAUCAUCGUGCUGACCAUCAUCGGGAACAUCCUGGUGAUCCUGAGCGUGUUCACCUACAAGCCGCUGCGCAUCGUCCAGAACUUCUUCAUCGUGUCGCUGGCGGUGGCCGAUCUCACGGUGGCGCUGCUGGUGCUGCCCUUCAAUGUGGCCUACUCGAUCCUGGGCCGCUGGGAGUUCGGCAUCCACCUGUGCAAACUGUGGCUCACCUGCGACGUCCUGUGCUGCACCAGCUCCAUCCUGAACCUGUGCGCCAUCGCCCUGGACCGCUACUGGGCCAUCACGGACCCCAUCAAUUACGCCCAGAAGCGGACCGUCGGUCGCGUCCUGCUGCUCAUCUCCGGUGUGUGGCUGCUCUCGCUGCUGAUCAGCAGUCCGCCGCUGAUCGGCUGGAAUGACUGGCCGGACGAGUUCACCAGUGCCACGCCCUGUGAGCUGACCUCGCAGCGCGGCUACGUCAUCUACUCCUCGCUGGGCUCCUUCUUCAUUCCGCUGGCCAUCAUGACCAUCGUCUACAUCGAGAUCUUCGUGGCCACGCGGCGGCGUCUGCGCGAGCGGGCCAAGGCCAACAAGCUCAACACGAUGGCGCUCAAGUCCGCCGAGCUGGAGCCCAUGGCCAACUCCUCACCUGCCGCCGCCUCCACCUCCGCCUCCGGUUCCAAGACGCGUCUCCUGGCCAGCUGGCUGUGCUGCGGCAGGGAUCGCGCCCAGUUCGCCACGCCCAUGAUCCAGAACGACCAGGAGAGCAUCAGCAGCGAGACCCACCAGCCGCAGGAGGGCUCCAAGGCGAGGACGGGAUCACAGAGCCACGGCGAUCCGCAGCAGCAGCAGCAGCACGUAGUCGUGCUGGUCAAGAAGUCGCGGCGCGCCAAGAUCAAGGACUCGAUCAAGCACGGCAAGGCCAGAGGUGGUCGAAAGUCGCAGUCCUCGUCCACCUGCGAGCCGCACGGCGAACAGCAGCUCCUGCCCUCCAGCGGAGGUGGUGGCUGCAGGACCGGCGGAGGAAAGUCCGAUGCCGAGAUCAGCACGGAAAGUGGCAGCGACGCCAAGGGUUGCAUACAGGUCUGUGUGACCCAGACAGACGAGCAGACGUCCCUCAAAUUGACCCCGCCGCAAUCCUCGACUGGGGCAGCCACCGUUUCCGCCACGCCGCUGCAGAAGAAGCCGAGCGGAGUGAACCAGUUCAUCGAGGAGAAGCAGAAGAUAUCGCUGUCGAAGGAACGCCGAGCGGCCCGCACCCUGGGCAUCAUCAUGGGCGUGUUCGUCAUCUGCUGGCUGCCCUUCUUCCUCAUGUACGUCAUCCUGCCCUUCUGCCAGAGCUGCUGCCCCACGAACAAGUUCAAGAACUUCAUCACCUGGCUGGGCUACAUCAAUUCCGGUCUCAACCCGGUCAUCUACACCAUCUUCAACCUGGACUACCGGAGGGCUUUCAAGCGGUUGCUGGGCCUGAACUGAGCGCCCGGAGAGUGUUGCUCAGAGUUUGUGCCAAACGUAAAUAGAGGUUUAUCCGACCAGCAAAGAUCAAGAUCUCAGUCGUAAGUUGAGCCCCAACUUGAAAACUUUCGACGUGGAACCAAAUAAUCAAAUUUCUCAAACUGCUCGUUUCCUCAUAAAUCGCAAUUUUGAGCCCUAAGCUUUUAUCCCAAAAAAGUACGACGGCUUUAAUUUUGACUGUACACAAAUUUGUUUCUUAAAUUUAAAUUUAGGUUAGGCUUUUUUUUCUUAUGUUUCCAUAGUUUAAUUUAAUGUUGUGUUUGGAUCCAAUCUAGUCAAAAAAUGGUGAAAACAUAAUGCGAUUUCAAACAACAGAGUGUUUUCAGAAUUUUUUAAAGUGUUGAAAUUGAUCCGAUGAUAUUGAUCAACAUUACAAGAAUAAUAUAAUAAUAAUAUGGCCUUUUAAUUUGGAAGUCUUUAAGGAAUUAAAAAAAGUGUUUUUUUUUAAAUUAAAAGCCUAUUUGGCAGAUCUUUUCUGUAGGCCUACUAAAUUUCAUAUGAAAUUUGUAUGAUCAAAUUUUGCCAAUUGAAACUGCUUGUUUUACAACAUUUUAUGCCAUUAAAAUAUUUUUAAGUUUAUGUGUAGAAGUUCCUCUGUUUUCAGUUCGGCUUGUUUCUUUUGUUGGGGAAAACUAGUGCCCACUUAAAUAAUUAAAAACUGUUCAAUACUCAUAUUAUAAGGGGUUGUGCUGGGAUAAAAAUGAGGAGAUUUGCAUCCAGCCGUACACGUCUACUAAGAAAAACAUCAAAAUUACAAAGUAACAAAUUGCAUAACCAUACAUAAACAUUAUACAGGAUAAGUGACAUCCCAUACGAGAAUCAUAAUCAUCAUAAUGAAUUUAAUAUAAUUAAAUUAAAUGUUUAGACACAAGAUUUGUGGCAACUUUCGUGUUUCACCCUAUGCGUAUGGAAAAACCAAAUCGGUGUUAGUUAAAUUCAAUCUGCGCUCAAAAUAUGUAUAACAACUAAGCUAAACACAAACUUCCAAGAAAUAAAAUUUGUUUUCUAGGCAUUACUUUAACGAUUUGUAUUUAAAUGUAAUUUAAUUGUAGGUAAGCAAAAAAACAAA